AUGCCCAAGUCUACCGUUUCCUUCACAGAUGCCGGUGAUCAUGAUGACCCUGCUCGUCCCUCGGCUCAAACCGUCCCCUCCUCCCCAGAACUCUACCGACGAACAGGCACCACCUCUCUUUCCUCCAGCGAACUGAGGUCAAGACUACCCGCCUCUCUCCUCAUGACACAGUCUGCCACAGAACAUACAGGCCUGUUGAGUCCGGGAUACGAGAAUUUGAGAAGAUACACCGAAAAUGUCUCCAGUGCUCCUCGUUCAAGGCAACUCUCACGAGUCAACAGUUCUUCAGGCAGUCUACGGAGGAGAAGGUUCAGUACAGGAGGAAGACCCUCAGGAAAUUCCAGUCCCGUCUGGCAUCGACCCUCAGGUCUGCGUACUCCCAAACUCUCCCAGAUGCUACUCGGUACCCUCUCCAAAGAGGACAGACUGUGGUACGAUCAAUUCACCUCAACCGACUGGGUCCACGACAGCAUUGCAGAUGGCUACCGCGUCUUGGAACUGAAGAAGAUGAAAGGUCUACGAGGCCGUCUCGCCCUUCUGCUCGACUCGGCCCAAGGCUGGAUUCUCGUGGCCGUCAUUGGUGUCUUGACCGCUAUGAUUGCAUAUUUCGUCGAUGUCACCGAAUCCACCAUCUUCGACCUCAAACGUGGCUUUUGCAAGGACGCCUGGUAUCAAUCCCGAGUCAAUUGCUGUGCCGGUGAGCGUACCUGUGAUAGAUGGCAGAGCUGGUCUCAAGUCAUUCAUCCUUCGGCAAUGGAAAACUCCUCGGUCGACUAUUUGGCCUUUAUCCUUGGCUCCAUGUUUCUCGCUGCCUUGUCGUGCUUUCUCACUUUGUACUCAAAAACCGUUGUCCCCUCUCAGAUUGCCGCCACCUUCGAUGAAGAUCUGGCUGCUGUAAAGACGGAUGUUUCUCACGGAGCCGAUGACGAUAAAGGCGCUGUUCAACCCUUGGCCGAUCAGGAGUUGCUACCAGCAAACAUCUACUAUUCCGCUGCCGGAAGCGGUGUUGCUGAAGUCAAGGUCAUUCUCAGUGGCUUCGUCUUGCAUGGUUACCUCGGUCUAAAAGUCCUAGUCAUCAAGACCAUCGCUCUUAUUUUGAGUGUGGCGUCCGGUAUGAGCUUGGGCAAAGAAGGCCCUUAUGUCCACGUGGCCACCUGUAUCGGCAACAUCGCCUGCAGAAUGUUCUCCAAAUACAACCUGAAUGAUGGGAAAAGGCGAGAAGUUCUCUCGGCCAGUGCUGCCAGCGGUGUCGCUGUGGCUUUUGGCUCCCCUCUAGGUGGUGUUCUAUUCAGUUUGGAAGAAGUCAGCUAUUAUUUCCCACCAAAGACUUUGUUUCGUACCUUUUUCUGUUGCAUUGCUGCGGCUUUGUCCUUGAAGUUCUUGAACCCUUACGGAACCUCCAAAAUUGUUCUGUUCGAGGUCCGUUAUGUCACUGAUUGGCGAUUUUUCGAACUUUUCAACUUUGCAUUUUUGGGCUUUGCCGGUGGCCUGAUGGGUGCCCUGUUCAUCAAAGCAUCUCGAUUCUGGGCGACCACAUUUCGUCGCUUCAAAAUUAUAAAAGCAUAUCCCAUGCUGGAGGUUUUACUGGUGGCUUUUGUCACCGGCAUCAUCAGUUUUUGGAAUCGUUUCACUCGACUUGCGGUGACCGAGUUGUUGUUUGAACUCGCCAGUCCAUGCAAUAACCAAACUAACACUGGGUUAUGUCCUAACGAGGACGGAAUUCCUGCUGUCAUCGGCUAUCUUACCAUAGCCUUGCUGAUCAAGGCAUUUUUGACGACCAUCACAUUCGGCAUCAAAGUUCCUGCUGGAAUCUAUGUCCCAUCCAUGGUCGUUGGUGGCUUGAUGGGGAGAAUCGUAGGCCAUAUCACUCAGUACCUCGUGGUCAAAUUUCCCGAUUUCAUUGUAUGGGGAGAAUGUCAAAUGUCCGAUGAUAUGGAAGCAUGCGUCACACCUGGAGUGUAUGCUUUGGUGGCAGCCGGAGCAACAAUGUGUGGAGUUACUCGAUUGUCGGUCACUCUAGCAGUCAUUUUAUUUGAGCUGACUGGAAGUCUGGAUCAUGUCCUUCCAUUCUCCCUUGGCGUGCUUUGCGCCAAAUGGACGGCCGAUGCUGUUGAGCCAUUGAGUAUCUACGACCUCUUGACUGACAUGAAUUCAUAUCCCUUCCUGGACAAUAAAUCCAGUCCGGUCUUCGAUUCGGAACUAGGUGAUAUCACACCACGAGUUCGUCGGGAUAAGGUUAUUGACAUUUCCAUCGCCCCAACCAUCAAAGCAAGUGACCUACGCACCAAACUCCGCCGAUUGCAAAACCUCGGUGAACUCGACGGCGGCCUCCCAAUCAUCCGGAAUAGAGUUCUAGUCGGACUCAUCCCAGCACCAGAUCUCGAAUUUGCGUUGGACCGAAUCGAGAAUGAAAACACAGCCAUGUGCAUGCUUUCUGGGCCCGAGCACGCCCAUGCGACACAUCACAACUACUGGGCAGCAUUUGACGAUCGAGGCUACGAUUCCGGCCGUGAAGAAUCCGAGGGCGAAGACCACACCGAUAAUGAUGAGGUACCGGUCGAUCUCACACCGUAUGUAGACCCUGCGCCCAUGGUAUUGGACAUGCAUAGUCCGAUGGAUCUCGUUUAUCAGUGUUUCGUCAAGCUCGGCCUUCGCUAUAUCUGUGUGCUGCACGAGGGCGAAUAUCGUGGCAUGGUGCACAAGAAGGCUUUUGUCCGAUAUGUCAAGACUUUGGAACAUGGUGGCCGUUCUCGGUAA